GGACUUUAAUAUUGUAGAAAACAGUAGGAAGGAGUAUACACGGCGAUUCGCAUCGUCUAAAAUUUAGUUCAAAUUUUUAUUUAAUUAAAAGCUGUGUUUUCGGAGAAGUGAAAUAAAUAUUAAAAUGAGCAAUGACUAUUCGCUUCUUUAUACAAUUGACCCGACUGUGGCUCAUUUCACAUUGGUCCAUUAUCCGUACAUAGUCUCUCUAAUACCCAUACUAUACUUGUUUGUGGUACUGAAAUGGGGUCCUGACCUAAUGAAAACAAGACCGGCGUACGAUUUAAAGGGAGUCAUACUCUUUUACAAUCUAUCACAAAUAAUCAUGAAUAUUUACUUGAUUUCUCUGGGACUUUCUCACAUGUUGAAGAAAAAUUACUUCGAGAUGAGAAAUGAACCAUUGGAGGGUACUCUGGCUUACUACUAUUUUUUGCUGAAAAUCUACGAUUUAUUGGAGACGCUGAUCUUUGUGUUGCGAAAGAAACAACAACAGGUGUCUUUUUUACAUGUAUAUCACCACAUCAUGGUCCUAUUAUUCAUUUAUUUCGGAAUGCGGUCUAUGCCAGGUGGCCAUAAUGUCACUUACGGAUUUGUAAACACAGUCGUACAUGCAUUUAUGUACUGUUACUACUUUCUUGCUGCAUAUGACUCAAGCAUAAAAUGGCUUCCUAAAUGUAAAAAAUUCAUUACCCAAAUUCAAUUGCUUCAAUUUGUAAUCCUUCUUAUUCACUAUUCCUGGCCACUGUAUUAUGGACAUUGCUGUGUCUCACAAAUACAGUGUAAACUCAACGUCAUUCAAGCGUUAGUUAUGAUUGUGCUGUUUGGUAAUUUUUACAUCAAGAAUUACAUUAAAAAGAAAAAAUAAAUUUAAUGUUGAAUAAAG